UCAUGCGCCUUGGCCUCGGCUGCGCUGCAAGGGAGGAGCGAGGAUGGCGGAGAGCGAGUGCGAGACCCCCAGCACUCCCGGCGAGUUUGAGAGCAAAUACUUCGAAUACAAUGGGGUGCGCCUGCCCCCUUUCUGCAGGGGGAAGAUGGAAGAAAUCGCCAAUUUCCCCGUGAGGGACAAUGAUGUCUGGAUUGUCACCUAUCCCAAAUCAGGCACCAGUUUAUUGCAGGAAGUGGUGUAUCUGGUGAGCCAGGGAGCCGAUCCCGAUGAAAUUGGGUUAAUGAACAUAGAUGAGCAGCUUCCUGUCUUAGAGUAUCCUCAGCCUGGACUGGACAUCCUCAAGGAGCUUACAUCUCCCCGGCUCAUCAAAAGCCAUCUGCCGUAUCGUUUUUUGCCUUCAGACCUACACAGUGGCGAGUCCAAGGUAAUCUACAUGGCUCGCAACCCCAAAGACCUGGUGGUGUCUUAUUAUCAGUUCCACCGCUCCCUACGGACCAUGAGCUACAGAGGAACAUUUCAAGAGUUCUGUCGGAGAUUCAUGAACGAAAAGUUAGGAUACGGUUCAUGGUUUGAACACGUGCAGGAGUUUUGGCAACAUCACAUGGACUCCAACGUUCUCUUUCUCAAGUAUGAAGAUAUGCACAAGGAUCUGGCAACCAUGGUCGAACAGCUGGCGAGGUUCCUGGGCGUCUCUUACGACAAAGCACAGCUGGAGUCCAUGGUGGAACAUUGCCACCAGCUCAUUGACCAGUGCUGCAAUGCAGAAGCCCUUCCUGUUGGCAGGGGACGUGUUGGGCUGUGGAAAGACAUAUUCACUGUCUCCAUGAAUGAGAAGUUUGAUUUGGUUUACAAACAGAAAAUGGGAAAGUGCGACCUCACAUUUGACUUUUAUUUAUAAAGCAUAAAACAAAAAGUGCAUGACUCUGAUAUCGGGAUCCCAGCUAGAAGUGCUUUCUGCAUUCAUUUAUUACUUGCUGGACACAACACUAUACCUGUUACGCAUAUCAAUACUU